UCUGUAGCUAUUUAUGAUUAACUUGAUGAUAAAAUGGAUAUUUAUCAACUUUUUUCUAAAGAAGUUAAUGGGUCAAAUCUGGGCCUGAUUUUGGGCUUGGGCUUGGGCUUGGGCUUGACAUUAAUGUGUUCCACGUGCGUCCAGUAAGUAACUAAGUUAAGUAGGGACUAGAAGAAGAAGAGAAGGCCGAUCUUCCCGUUACAUAGAUCCAACUGUUCCAGAGAUCGAGAGCCGCGAGAAAUUGCAUGAAAUUACCUAAAACCCCCUGAAUAUACCGUUUUCGUGGCCUUCUUGUCCGUAAAAGGAAAAUAAAUAAUUAAUAAUAAUAAUAAUAAUAAAAACUCUUUCACAACGGCUACUUACAGAGAAGGAACCAAACCCUCUUUCUUCUUUCCCAAACUCCCAAAUUUAAAAACUCUCAUCAUCACCAUAUCACAUACCAAACCCAGACGACGCUCCGUUAUCUUCCUCUUCCUCUUCCAACUCCAGUUUCUUUGUCUAGCUUUUCUCUACCAAUGGAGGAGUCUCGUUUGUCGCAGAUCAGUGGUGAAGAUGGCGGAGGGGACGACUUUUAUGAGAAGAUUGAAGCACCCAAGUUCGUCGACUUCACUGUGCCCGAACAGUGCUGUCCCGACGAUCGUUACUGGUUCUGCUUGCGCUUCGGAUGUGAUAGGAAACAUGAAGAGGAACUUGAUCCUGAAACAAUAGAAAAGAAUUUUAUUCUUCGGGUUAUGGCAGCGAGGAGUCCUAAUAUUAUACGGUUUCGGAAAGCACUGAACAGGAAACCUCCGGGUUCCUCCAGUCCCAAAUGCCCACUUACAGCUCCUGCAAAAUCUUCCAAGCCUAAAAUAGCAAGACUGGCAGUCAUUUCUUCAAUUUCUCGCAGGCUACUUGACACAAAAGAUAAGAACAACCCACUCUCAAAGCUCACCGCCACCCCAAAAGCCAAUUUAAAGAAAUCAAAUGCAACAACCAAGGCUUUAACCACUCCAAGGAAUAGAAAGCGAAUAUCAAAUCCAGAUACAUUUAAAAGUGUUCGGAAUCCAAAGGCAACCAACAUUGUGGUGCCAAAGACCAGAGCUAUAGCAAAAACUUUGAUUUUCCACUCUCCAAAGAAGGCUUGCAGGGCAAAGAUUUCAGUAGAGUUUAAAACUCCAAUGGGGAAAUUAUGUACAGCUAUGUCGAAGCUUGAUAUUGCAAGUGGAAAGAAGCAGACAACGGGGUGCAGGCCAUUGCCUGUAGAGACAACAUCAAGGAAAUUAUUUAGAGGAAGAGAGGUUAAAAGUAGGGUUUAUGACUCAUUGCAAUCUCAUACUCAAAAGGGGCGGGAAGUGAAACCUUUGAAAAAUUUGAAGAGAAAGAAAAAGGAAAAAGAUUUGAAGGAGUCCUGUGGUCCACUGUCUCACGGAGGUGAUGAAAAUGAUUCGAGUGAUAUGGAGAUUGAUCAGAGACCAACGGGUGCUUCUUUGGAAGAAUGUUCUGAAUCAGGUACUUCUAAGAACAGUGAAACAAAUCAUCAUGAAGAGUGUUUGAAAACUGUGAAAACAUCAGAAGCACGGUCAGAUGAACAUUCAAUUGAAGUUAUAUCAGAAACCUCUAGAGGAGAUGUCUCCUCCUUGUCUAGCUCUGAAGAGAGGGCUUCAGGGGACAGUGAUCAUCAACAUUCUCUAGAUCAUACUCAACUGGUUCAAUUUUCAAAUGACUCAAGUGAGUUUGCAGAGAAAGCAAGAUCAACUGAAGACAAAAGAAACAGCCCUCGGGAUGUUGACAAUGAAGAUAAAGAAAAUGCUUUACCCUCUGAAGAGAGGGCUUCAGGGGACAGUGAUCAUCAAAAUUCUCUAGAUCAUACUAAACUGGUUAAAUUUUCAAAUGACUCAAGUGAGUUUGUAGAGAAAGCAAGAUCAACUGAAGAUAAAAGAAACAGCCUUCGGGAUGUUGACAAUGAAGAUAAAGAAAAUGCUUUACCCUCUGAUAACACAGAAAAUGAAGGUGAAAGCAUUGAGAGUGAUGAAAAAGAAAAUUCUUCUUGCAAUGUUAACAGAGAAAUGAACAAUCAUUCCAAGGGGAAGAAUGUUAGUAAUCACGAUUCAAAUAAGGCCAAUCAAGUAACGAAAAAGACAUUGAAAAUGAGUUCUGUUCCUGCUUUAGGUGCUCAUGAAGCGAAGUAUAAGAAACCAAAGCCGACAAAUCCCAAGCCUUUUAGGCUGAGAACUGAUGAAAGGAGUAUUCUUAAGGAAGCAAAUCUAGAGAAGAAACAGGCCACGCCUCUGAAUGAACUCACAUCAGUAAAACCAUUGGGAGUAAAGUUAUUGCGAAAACAUCAGACCCUGAGCCAGAAAAACAAAAUCUGCCAAGAUCGAAGUGAAAGUGAUAAUGUUACUCAUGCAGACUCUGAAAAAAGAAUAAAUAAAGCACAUGGACUACAACUUGGAAGAACUAGGAGGACUAAUAUAUCUACGAAACAUGAAGCUCAGGGUGAAGCAGUUACAACGCCAGAGAAAAGCUCAGAGAGAACCAAAUUGAGGCCUCAAGGGAUUGCAUCAAGCAGAAAGACAGUUAGAACAACUGGGGGACUUGGCGUGAUAAAGGAAAACUCAUCUACUAUCCUCAGACGCAAGGAAGCUUCAAAACCGUGUAAAAAUGAAGCGUCUUCAGCAACCGAGGCAUCUGGUCCUGUUGUCCCAAGAUCAGUGUCAAGAGGAAGAAGGCCUAGUACCAUACCCAAGGAGCCGAAUUUUCAUUGUCUUCAUGUACCAAAGAGCUGCACAAGGAAGGUGGCGGCUUAAAUUGCUCCUGGUUUAUUGUAUGAUAGAUAUAAGAUAUAUCUUGUUGUACUGUUGUUCUUGUUCAAUCAUAUCAUUGAAUUAUUUUUUUGUUCAAUAAUAUAUCAUUGAUUCUUCUUGAAUUG